UAGCAAGAAGCCUAGGAGUCAGUCUCUACAUGUUUGAUGUAGCAAACCGAGUUGUCCUGAUUGGAUCUGCUGUCCUCUGAUGGCGUCUUUCGCUUUCCCCUUUGGUCAAACCCUACUGAACCGCAAUCUGGUGGCGCCACCACCGAUCCUUCGUGCAUCCUUCACUACAAUCACCAUAUUGCCUUCUUCAGCGACUCAUUACCCUCCCAAAGCUCCACAUUUUCAGCUUCACUUCUCCCACCGCCCCUCCGCCUCCCACGACCACACCAUUUCUCGCAAAACCCAUUCGUCUCUCGCCACUCUCAUUCUUCUCGCUUUCUCCUUCGCCCUUCUUUCUCUCCGCCUCGUCUCUGGCGUCCUCCUCCCUGACUUUCCCGACAGAUGGGCUCAGCUCAUUGCCUUCUCCGAACGAGCCCAUUCCGAGGUGAUGGUCCAUUGCCCACGGGAUUUGGUGCGGGCCGUCGUCGCAUAUGAGGACCGGCGCUUCUUUAGACAUUUUGGCGUCGACCCUAUUGGCGUGGCUCGCGCAGUUUUGUCGUUCUCGGCUCGCGGUGGUGGCAGCACUAUAACCCAACAGCUUGUCCGAAACACCUUGCUGAGGAAUGAACGUACAUUCUUGAGGAAAAUUGUUGAGAUGGUGCUGGCUCUGGCAGUUGAGAAGACAAUUUCAAAGCUCACAAUCUUGAGCUCUUAUUUAUGUAAGAUAUACUGGGGACAUGGCAUUUAUGGUGUUCAGUCUGCAUCAAAUUUUUACUUCGGGAAGCAUAUAUCCAUUCUUAGCUUGGGUGAAUGUGCUAUGCUUGCAGCAAUGAUACCAGGACCUGAGAUUCGUUCCCCAUUCAGGGAUUCUAGCGGGGGAAAGAUCUUCCAGGCUAGAGUUGUAAGAAGGAUGGUGGAAGUUGGAUUUCUUGAUGUUAAGCUAGCCCUUAUGGUUGUGAAGCAAUCCCUAGAAUUGAAUUCUGAAAGUCAUGAUUAUUCAGAAGCAUUUGUUGUUCCCCUGCCUUCUCAUAAAGUGCAAGCACUUGUGAACAUAAACAGUGAAACUGGUACAUUAUCAAAUUUCAGAAAGAUAUGGAAUUGGGAAAGGGAGAGCAAGAUAUGGGAAGUGAAGGAGGAUAUGGAAAGGUGGGCAAUGAGUGUAACAGAGAAAAGCCGGAUUACAAGUGACUUCUGGAGCCGAUAGUGGAGAAUGGGAGGUCAGAUGAUGUCUAAGAAAUGGAGAAUUUACCUCGAUCUGGUCUCCAAUGUGAACAAGUGCACCUAAUGAACAGGUGACAAGUGUCAGAGAUGAAUUACUAUUUACUAUCCUUCCAUAUUUGAAAGACUGGUCCAUUGAUGGACUUGACUAUUAUCAGAGCAGCCAUGUAUGCAUGAUUCAACUAAGAGGCCAAUGCAGUUUGUGCACAACAGCUACAUAUGUGUUUAUGUUAUUUCCAAUUCUAUUGCUUGAGGGCUGUGCAAAUAUCAGUGUAUUUCCUAGGUGCACUUUCUACAUUUGUAAUAAAAUUCCUAGUCCUAUUUUUUUCAAGUUAAUAGAAUUAUAUUUUCUGGGAGUUA